UGCAUUUUACUAGAAAUAACAGUCAAAAAAAAAAAAGGCAAACAAUAUUCGAUUAUAUACGACUAAAAAUUGAAAGUGAAUCAACUAUUUUUGUUAUUCCAAAUCUAAUGCGAAAUAAAAUUUAUUGUUUGUGAAGAUGAACCAUUAUACUAGGCGGCGACAUAAGGGCAUCUCGAACCGAUUAAGUGAUUGUGUUCGUCGCGCCCAUAGCCUGAUUGAUAAUAAGCCUCCGGUGUUUCCGGCCGCCCAUUUGGGAAACGUUGACGCCCUGCUAAACGAUGCUCGCACCUAUUUGCAAAGGACCAAAGAGAAUGUGCGAAUCCUGUUGCAUUUGUCGCGAAUUAUGCGAACAAUGGGAACAAUUGGCACGCAAUCACAGACGUAUCGCAUUGGCUCAUCGAUGGUUCCCACAAUGGUGCGGCAUGUGGAGAAACUGGAACGCCAAAAUAUCGAAUUGGGUAAACGGUUGAUGGGCAUUAAAUAUUUGGGCGAUCCUCGACCAGCCGCCCAGACGCCACGUUCCGUGAGAUCUGGAUCGAUAUAUAAUACACAGUCACGUUAUUCGCACUAUCAAUCGAUAUCGGAAUCGUUUAUAGCACCCAAUACAGAUAAUCAGAUAUUCGCAAAAUAUAAUGGUUUCAAUUUGCAAUUACCCAAAGAUAAUGGCGAAUUGGUACGAUUAUUAAGGCCACGGAUAACCCUGCAUUUUGGUGCCAUAGAUGGCCGGCCAUUGGGCGAUGUGAUCAUUCAGCUAUAUACGGAAGCAGCCCCCCUGAUAGUAUUGCAAUUUAUGAGGACCUGCCUGGAGCAUCGAUCGCACGAGUUCUCCGUGCGACGCAUUUUUCCGCAUCUCUGGCUGGAAUGCUAUUUGGUGGUAUCGAAUUCCGCAAGGCCAUCGUUGUCGGCCCAGCCCAGUAUGGGUUGUGCCAUGGAGUUCGAUACACGGGUAGUGGAUCAUGGCCGUUAUGCCUAUGUAUUAUCCUGUUCGAAGGAAUACUGUAGCGAAGGUUUUCCCAGCAAUGGAUCAGCCAUUAAUUUUACCAUUAGCUUUAAGCCCUUGCGUGUAUCGAAUGGCCGACGAGUUGGCUUUGGUCGGGUCAUACGGGGUGACAAGAUAAUCCAUUGUAUGCAGGCACAUGGCACUAAGAAUGGUAAGAUUAGCAAACCCGUGAUCAUAACCCACUGUGAUGUCCUGUAAAAGCCACCAAAAAAAUAUUCAAAAUCCUUUC